UUUUAUAUCGAUGCCUAUAAGCAAGUGGCUGUCAUGGGCCCGCAGCGCGCAGCAGCUGACGGCGCCGGUGCGCGUGCGCAGCGGAAUCGUGCGCGGGAGCGUGGCUAAGGAUGGCACGCAUCUGCGCUUCCUCGGCAUACCUUAUGCUACUGUCACGCCGGAGAACAGGUUUCAGGCUCCGGGACCUGAACCAUCCUGGGACGGCGUAUAUGACGCUCUUGACGGUAAAAUCAUCUGCCAACAAUGUCCUGUUCUCCCCACUGGGGGCCUGCCAGGGCGACCCAUAGGACAAGAAGACUGCCUUAAAAUAAAUGUAUUCACUCCUGUACCUCCGGCAGAGAAGCUACCUGUCAUGGUCUUUAUACACGGGGGAGGUUUCAUUGAGGGAUCGGGGUUGCCACUAGUUUAUGGCCCAAAUUAUCUAGUUCCAAAAGGAGUGAUUUUAGUAACUUUUAACUACAGAUUAAACGUGCCAGGCUACUUGAAUCUAGGGAUAAAAGAGGCGCCAGGGAAUGCUGGGAUGAAAGACCAAGUCGCAGCUUUAAGAUGGGUUCAGAAAAAUAUCAGUUAUUUUGGCGGGGACCAAGAUAAUGUUACGAUUUUUGGAGAGAGUGCUGGCGGCGCAUCGGUAUCGUACCACUUACUGUCCCCAAUGUCAAGAGGACUCUUCCAAAAAGCUAUAACACAAAGUGGAUCAUCCUUAUGCCCUUGGGCGAUUCAAAGUAACCCAGAAUAUAAUGCUCAUUUAGUUGCAAAAGCUUUUGGAUGUGAUACGAAAGACCCUUACGAAUUAUUUAACUUUUUCAAUAUGAAACCUGUAAAGGAACUACUUACGGCAAAACUUCCUAAAGAUGAACGAACGCUGUUGUUCUCUAAUUUUAUUUACGCGCCUAGUGUAGAAAGGCAGUUCGAUAAUGUUGAACCGUUUUUAACAGAAGAACCUUAUCAGUUAUUGUCAAAUGGAGAAUAUACGAAAGUUCCUAUGAUUAUUGGAACGACGGAUGAAGAAGGAUACUUCUUUAUCGCCACAGAAAAACAUUUCUCAUCAAAAAUCACCGGCGAAAUCGAGCAUUCAUUACCAAGUAACCUUAAAUUUCCAACAGAGGCAGAAGAGCAACAAAUUGCAAAAGAAAUAAGAAAAAUGUAUAUGUGUGAUGAAGCUAUAACAAAUAAGAAAUCCUCUACACUGAAGCUUUCUAAAUUUUACGGAGAUCCAUUCAUGACAUAUCCGUCAUUGGCUGAGACAGAGCUAAUACUGAAGUCAACCGACAGACCGAUAUACAAUUACUGCUUCAAAUACAGCGGUUGGAGGAACAUGGGCAAGGUGUAUGGAGGACUACACUUCCUCUCUCAGCCUGGAGCGACGCACACUGAUGAACUGUUUUACUUGUUCCAUCAGCCCUUCUUGACCUGGUUAGCAAAGAUUGACAGAAAGAUGAUAGAUAAAAUGACGACUCUGUGGACUAAUUUUGCGAAACAUGGAGACCCUACUCCAUCGACUUCCGAGCUGGUGCCGCAGCGAUGGCUCCCCACGGACCCCGCAGACCCUCGGAGCUUCGUCCUGGAUCGGGAGCAUGCCACCGUUCCCUUGUGGUUCAAGGACUCACUGAAAUAUUGGAGAGAUUUAUAUGUGAAGUAUAGGAAGACAUAAACGUGGGCAAAUAUGAAGUUUA